AACGGUUCAACUAAAAAAAUAGGGUAAUUUUUUCGACAGUGCAGUUUGUGCAUAUUGUUAAUUUGUUUAAUGUAUUGCACCAGUAACAUACUAACAGUACUGAUAUGAUGUCAGCGACUGAUAAUGGACAAAGGUGCAUCCAAAUGACAAGCAGAAUUAGAAAGAAGAGAUUUGCUAAGAAAUCAUAACUUUUAUUAAACCCAUAUAUUACUUACACAUGUAACAUGGAGUUUAGAACAGAAGCGCCUUGUGACGAUAUUGAACUGAUUAGUGAGUGGCCAGUAACAGAGUCUCCAGACAGGGAAGAUACUGAAUCAGAAGAUACAACAUUCAGCACAUAUUCCAACAAAACAAACAGUGCUUUGUUAGGUAUAUCGACUAAAGAGGCAAAUGAUAACAGUGACGUGGAAAGAAGAAAAAAGAAAUCUCUUGAUGUACACAAUGAAAAGAAAAAGCCGCGACUUGAUAAUGUAGAUUUUGCUGAAGCCGCUCUGGCAAGAUGGUGGCGACAUCAAGGUAGGAAGUUGUUCACCGACAAGAAUCUCCCGAAGUCGACAAACCCAAACACUCUACUCUACUGGGUAUCCAGGACAGAAGCAGGACAGACAUUUCUAUCAAAUGAAAAGCAUAGACUAAAGAAAUCAUUAAAACAAGGGCAGACAACUGCCAGUGUCUCUGCUGCUCUGGCCUCGGUUGAAGAGAGACUCGGAGAUCUGGAUAGUGCUGCCCGUCAUCUUGAUACUGCUGUCAGCCAUGACCCACACAAUAAUCAGUACCAGUGGAUGGUAGAGAAAGUAAAACGACAGCGAGACGUCAAAGAGAAACAGAAGAGAAUGAUGACUCUUCUUCCAUCAGAGUUACUUCUGCCCUCUGCAACACAGGUGGACAGGGUAUCAUCAAAUGAACUAACUGUUGAAGAGUUUUACAUGAAGUAUGCCAAGACCAGGACUCCAGUUAUUAUCACAGACAUGGCAGAGAAGAUGACACGUGGUCCAUGGACUCUACAGCAUAUUAAAAAUGUGGCAGGAGACUGCUCAGCUGUACUGAAGAAACCAGUGACUGACUCUGUGGAAUGGGCCAGACUGGAGGAUGCCAAAAGUGUGGUGGUCAAGGACUUUAUUGAUAAUGUGAUCAGUGCUGAUGGUGACCGUGACCUCUACUUGUUUGACUGGAGUCUGCCACAGCAUUGUCUGCCCUUGGCGGAAGAACUUAAUAUUCCAAAAUAUUUUGCUGGAGACUAUCUACAGAGAUUAUCUCCAGGCAGUCAGUAUCGGGACACCUGGCCGAGUCUCUUCAUAGCGGCUGCCGGUCUGAGAAGUGAACUUCACGUCGACACGUUCGGAUCUAACUUCUGGAUGGCUCUCUUUCAGGGUCGAAAGAAGUGGAUAUUGUACCCUGCUGAAGAGCAAUGUCUUCUUUAUCCACAACUACUGCAGUCAAUGGAUCCCACGUUUGAAGUGGACGUCACAAAGCCAGACCUAGAUCGCUUUCCACUUCUAUCUCUGACACACCCAGUCCAGUGUAUUCUUCAGCCAGGAGAUUUGUUGUUUGUUCCUGCGGGUUGCCCUCACCACAUCACCAAUCUGGAGACAUCCGUUGCCAUAUCCGCCAACUUCGUCGACUCGUCUAACUUUGACUGUGUUGUAGAAGAGCUUCGAAUCAAUGCCCUCAUCGACCCUCGUGCCGCUGACCUUGUCAAGCAGAUGCAAAGUUCAGAGUUCAAGGCUACACAAGACUUUAAUAUUGGUGAUUUACAUUGGAAUGAUUUCAAAAAGUGGCCACAUGAUAAAAUUUUAAAUCAAUAAAAUUGUAAUAUGUGAUUUUA